GCAGAAGGGCGAUCGGAGGGGAGGAGGGAAAGACAGGACCCCCGGAUCCACAGAGGCAGUUUUUCCUAGUGGUUAGAGCUCAGAAACUGGAAGCCCGAGUGCAAGGGACUGGAUCUGUGGGGCAGAAUAUAGAGUGCCUAUAUUAAAGGGACUGUAUAUCGGAGCAUCCACUUGGAUCUCGAAGGAAGUUGGGAGAUCAGUCCUAGGUACGACCUCCUGGCUUCUCGGGGGCGUAUCGCCUUUCAAGAGAAAGGGGGAGCAACCGCGUUAGUAGCGCGCAGCCUGCUUUGGUGGGCGGGGGCGGUGAAGGGGGGCAGAGAGUUUUGGUUAAUUUAGGAAAAUCCGGUCAAUCAGAGCAGGGGAGUUUAGGCGCCCGGGAACCGUGAGUGCCCCCAGUGCCAGGCUGGAGGGUGCGGCGGUUAGAGCGCUUUGCCAUGGAUGACCCCGAGGAGACCUUUGGGGGAGAUGGGGAUACCAGCCCGGCGCCCUACGAGGAGCUGGUGUCUGUGAUGGCCGGGGGCUUGUACGGGGAACUGGAGCGGUUCGUGGGCGCCCACGGCCCGGCCGCGGUCUCUGGGCUGCUGCCGCAGGUGGUCUCUGUCCUGGAGGCCCUGCAAGAGGCUUGCGGGCAGGUGCGGGACCGGGACCAGGCUCUGGAGCGGCUGCGCGAUGACCGGCUGCGACUCCUGGAGCAAUAUGAGCGCGAGCGGGCAGGGCGCAGGCGGGCAGAUGAGAGGUUCAUGGAGCUGGAAGAUGUGAUGGAACAGGAACGUAAGGCACAUUCAGUGGCCGUCAGCCAGUUAGAGGGGCAGAGCCGAGCCCUCGAGGGGAAAGCGCGAAGCUAUGCAGAUCAGGUGGCUAGCCUUGAAGAACAAAAAUCUUCCCUGCUCAAGGAGCUUUCGAUUCUCAGUCAGAGCCACACGAAGAUGGUACAAAAAUACAAGGAACUGAGAUCCCAAAGGGGGGCAUCCACUGGUCCAGGACAAACUGGCUCAUCAUCAGCAGAAGAGAAAAGGCUAAAGCCCCCACCAGUUCGUGUACCUCAACAGUUUCUGUCAAGCCCCUCAGACUUCAGGCCUCCUGAGUCCCCAGUGGAACACGGAGGAAGAAGUGAACUUUCUCAUUCAGAGAAAACACCCCAGAAAAUUGCAGAAAGAAAUGCUUUUCCCUUGGCACAGGAAAUGGACAUCCAGCCAGAAAAGGAUGCUUCUCCUACUCAGCGUUGCUUUGACUUGGAUGACCUUUUAAGUUCUACUCCAGAGCUCCGAUCUGACCCCCAAAUGCAAAGCAGCCCCUUGAAUAGCACCCUCGAGCGCAACACGGUCUCCCUUUUCGCCGAGGUUUCAGGCCUCAACCCCAAACUCCUCACCGAUAUGGAUGACGGCGCUGAUUUGCAGGGGGAUGCCUUAGAAACCUUGAUAGCAGAAAACACUCAGCUUCAAGAGGCUCGAAUUGCUCUGGAUACAGCCCGCCGCCACCUUAUCAACCGCGUGGAGGAGCUCAGCGAAGAGCGUGAAUCCUUACGGAUGGAGCAUAAAAGAUCCCUGGCUGACCUGCGUUGCUGCCAAGUGCAUCUGAAAGAGGCUGAGUCGGAACUUCUUCGGAUCCGGCAGGAAGUUAAGGAAUCAAGGCGUUCCAGUGAGGACGGAGAGGCUGAGGGAGGGCUGUCCCGAACCCAGCGGUUCACCCGGGCUGAAAUGGCUCGUGUCGUGAUGGAGCGUAAUCUGUAUAAAGAGAGGCUGAUGGAGCUACAGGAAGCGGUUCGGCGCACUGAGCUUUUGAGGGCUUCACGCGAGGAACAAGCAAUUCAAAUGAAGAAAUCAUCCUUCUGGAAAAUCUUUGAUCAUCUAUUCAGCCCAUCAGAUUCUCCGGAGGGCACGACUGCCUCCCCUCUGCCCCCAAGGAAGGCCCGGCCCAGCCCCAGCAGCCGCAGAGAUUUGGGACGGAACACCCUGAGGUUCAUCCCAAGGGCAGCCUCUCCCACUGAGGCUGACGGCUCCCCGCAGCAGAAGCGGCGAGAACUGUACUGUGAGAUCCGCUCACACAUCUGGCAGGAGCAUGGCCGGGCACAGAUCCAUGGGUGGAGCCAGCCACCUUCACUUCAGGGCCACGGCUCACCUUCAGCAAGUACUGAUGUACCUGUUCUUGCGCAGCUGCGGAUGCUGGACCAGAAGGACCCCAGUACCAAGCUCUGGUGUGCUGCAGCAUCUGUUGGGCUGGAGCCUCGAGAAACAGCACAGAUUGCUAACCCCCAUUGUUGCUCCACUGGCAGCUCUCAGCUGUGGGUAGCUGCUGGGACCCACUCGGCUAGUGAAGUUACACUCUUCGAUGCCCCCAACACUAAUCAGCUCCUAGAACAUUUUGUGCUGCCUGGAAGUCACGUCCUCUCCAUUGCUUGUGUUCCUGGCCUGACAGCACCUGUUGGUGAAAACCCAGUGGCAGAGCCAGAGAUCCUUGAAGACCCCUUGGCACCCAGAUCCGACAGCCACGAAGAAGCAAGGGAAAUGGAGGCAAUUGGCACAGAACCCACUGUCUGGAUUGGGACCCAGGAGGGCUGUAUCUAUAUUCAUCAUGCUGCGACUGACUGGCGACGCUGCCGAGGCAAAGCAUGUUUGAAGGAGGCUGUCCAUUGUAUUGUGCAUACCCAAGGCUGUGUUGCAGCUGCUCUUGCUGAUGGAUCUGUGGCUGUAUUCCGUCGGAAUGCAGAUCGAAACUGGGAUCUGCGCUCCCCACGCCUCGUUGAAUUGGGAAGGCCACGGCGCUCUAUUCGUUGCACCAUCCCUGUGUUUAAUUGGCUCUGGUGCGGUUACGGAAAUCGAAUCUACGUGCUGGAUCUUCGUACUGCUCGCAUUCAGCGGUACUUUGAAGUGACUUCGCACCCUGAAAGCCACGUCCGGCACAUGGCAGCAGCUGGUGGUGGCGUCUGGGUUUCAGUCCGUCUGGAGACCACUCUGCGUCUUCUCCAUGCAGAGACAGGACAGCCACUGCAGGAAGUGGAGCUGGGGCCCUUCAUCAGCUGCAUGCUUGGGCCCAGCAGUGUCAGCUUAGCCUUGAACAUCUCAGCACUCGGCGCUUUUGGAAAGCGGCUGUGGGUUGGCACAUCUGGUGGCACCAUUAUAUCUGUGCCUUUUGUCUCUGAAUUUUCUGAAAGCUUGAAGACUUCUGCCUCUGCUGGUAUCCCUUACUGUGCUAUGGAGCAAGCCCAGAUCAGCUACCAUGGGCACCGCGAUGCUGUCCGCUUCUUUGUCUCUGUUCCAGGAUACGUGGAUCCAUCGGCUUCAGAAAACCUCAAGGAUUCGCAUAGCCAAGAGAAACCAAGCCAGCCGUGCAGCUUGGUGCUAAGUGGCGGGGAAGGGUAUAUUAAUCUCCGGCUAGGAGACAACACAGAUCAGCACUACGGUGACCUGCUACACCCAAACCCACGCCUCCGUCGAGCGGAACGAAGCCACCUCAUCGUCUGGCAGGUGCAGGCCUGAGCUGGUGAUGAUGGGCCAGCACUUGGGACCUGUGCUUCCGCCUGGGAGGGAAUGACAGAGCUGCCAGCUGUUGGCGCUGCCUUCCCGUCGCGGCUUCCUGUUCUCUUCCCUCGCUCAGGUCACCCCUCUCUAGGGUGUGCAGGGUUUUUACAUUUUGAGACCGGUGAUGGGAAAAAGCCAGCGGAGCGCUGGGGUCUGUUUGGUGAACAGGCUUGGUAAGGAGAGCUGCAUCGGGUGCCUCCUCUGAUUCCCCCCUUUGCUUUAUACCACCAUUUCCCUGCUUUCAAACUGGAAUGAUGUGUUGGGCAGUUCAUCUGAAUAUAGACUGAACCCCUUCAAGUCCUGCUAUUUUUGCUCAUGCCACCCACUGUUUGCAAAGAAUAAUAACAUACCUCUUGCUGGACAGGUGCUUGGGAGCGGAGAGCCAUGCAUUGUCUAGUACCAAUGGGGACUGAAGGCAGGGCAUCAGAAUAAUUGGAGCCCCAAAUGCCAAAAACCAGGAAGCUGGAAAAUGAUCUGGAAGAGAAGCAGUACCCCCAUUGGUUGAAGCGAAGGCCCUCUCCUUCUUUUCUGGCUCCCCCACUUGACUGUGAUUGCAGGAUGCUUUACUAGUUCUAGUGAAUUUGGACUUUCUGGAGCACAACUGAUGCAUUACACAAAGAGACCUCAAGGGGGAGCUUCCUUGUCUUUGCUCUGCAAUCACAACAGGGAUUGGUCAGUUCUUCUCCGCCCCCUUCACCCCUUGGAGUUAACCAAAUCCUGCCUGGAACUCUGAAAUGAUGGACACCACCGUGGUUUAAUUCAGGACACCACCGUGGUUUAAUUUCUCAGGGUUGCUGUAUGAUGUUUAUUUAACUUGCCAGGGACUGAGUCCUUGGAAGGAACUCAGCAUCUAUCUUUGUGGGAUGGUUUCUCAAUAAAGCUAUUGUUAUUCUUA